GCCAGAAGCCCGAGCUCUGUCCCGCGGCGACCCCGAGGCGGCGGAGGUUUCUGAGGGCGGCGUGGCGCGCUCCCCUGGCUUUGGCCUGGCUCCCUCGCGUCGCAGCCCCGUCUGCCCCCCAGCCCGGGCCUCCCGGGGCCCGCCCGUCCCCCGCGUUCCUCCCCGCGGCCUCGGCCAGGCCGCAGCCCCCAGCCCCGGCGACCGACUCGCCAGGAUCCGCCCCACCGCGGCGGCCCGGGCCCAGCCGCUCCUCCCCCGAUGAUGUCACGUCCCCGGCCGCCCCUCGGCCGGCCGCGCCGCCCCGCCCCCGCCUCCCCCGGCCCCCAGUCCCCUGGGCCCGCCCGCUCCCGCCAUCCCUCCUCCCGCCCGCGCUCCCUCCCUUCGACUCCCGCUCCCCCGGGAGCGGCGGCGGCGGCGGCGGCGGCGGCGGGAUGGCCCGGGCCCGCGGCCAGGCCCCGGGGAGCGGCGGCCGGCGGCGGCCGCGGCGGGGCGGCGCGGGAACCGGGCCCCGGGGGGAGUCGGCCGGGCUGCUGCUGCUGCUGCUCCAGGUGCUGCCGCCCGGGGCUGCGGCAGGGCCGGGGCGCCGGGGCACGCGGGGAGCCGGCGGCGGCGGCGGCGGCGGCGGCGUCUGCUGGCCCGGCGCUGCCCCUGCCUUUCCCCGGGACGCGCGGCUGCUGCUGCUCCUGCCGCCGCUGCCGCCGCUGUCGCCGCCGCCGCCGCCGCCGAGCUCCGCGCCAGCAGCCUCCGCCUCCCGGAUGGACACUCUGCCCCGCGGCGGGCUGAACCUGAAGGAGGAGCCGCUGCUGCCCGCCGGCCUGGGCUCGGUGCGCUCCUGGAUGCAGGGCGCGGGCAUCCUGGACGCCAGCACCGCGGCGCAGAGUGGCGUGGGCCUGGCACGCGCACAUUUUGAGAAGCAGCCCCCCUCCAACCUCAGGAAAUCCAACUUCUUCCACUUCGUGCUGGCCAUGUAUGACCGGCAGGGGCAGCCCGUGGAGGUGGAGCGCACAGCUUUCAUCGAUUUCGUGGAAAAGGACCGUGAACCUGGGGCCGAAAAGACAAACAACGGGAUCCAUUACCGCCUCCGAUUGGUGUAUAACAAUGGACUUCGGACGGAGCAGGACCUCUAUGUGCGCCUCAUUGACUCCAUGUCCAAGCAGGCCAUCAUCUAUGAGGGGCAGGACAAGAACCCCGAAAUGUGCCGAGUGCUGCUCACUCAUGAGAUCAUGUGCAGCCGGUGCUGUGACCGGAAGAGCUGUGGCAACCGGAACGAGACACCCUCUGACCCGGUCAUUAUUGACAGGUUCUUCCUCAAGUUCUUCCUCAAGUGCAACCAGAACUGCCUAAAGAAUGCAGGGAAUCCCCGAGACAUGCGCCGCUUCCAGGUGGUGGUGUCCACGACGGUGAGCGUGGAUGGGCACGUGCUGGCCGUGUCUGACAACAUGUUUGUGCACAACAACUCCAAGCAUGGUCGCAGGGCGCGCCGCCUGGACCCCUCUGAAGCUGCCACCCCCUGUAUCAAGGCCAUCAGCCCCGGGGAGGGCUGGACCACAGGAGGCGCCACCGUCAUUGUCAUCGGCGACAACUUCUUCGAUGGAUUGCAGGUCGUGUUCGGGAACGUGCUCGUGUGGAGCGAGCUCAUCACGCCCCACGCCAUACGGGUUCAGACGCCCCCGCGGCACAUUCCCGGGGUGGUGGAGGUGACCCUGUCCUACAAGUCCAAGCAGUUUUGCAAGGGAGCCCCAGGCCGUUUUGUCUACACAGCCCUGAAUGAGCCCACCAUCGACUACGGAUUCCAGAGGCUACAGAAAGCCAUCCCCAGACACCCCGGAGAUCCUGAGAGGCUGCCCAAGGAGGUGCUGUUGAAGCGGGCGGCCGACCUGGCGGAGGCCCUGUACGGAGUGCCCAGUAGUAACCAGGAGCUCCUCCUGAAGCGCGCGGCGGACGUGGCCGAGGCUCUGUACAGCGCCCCCCGCGCGCCCGCGCCGCUGGGACCCCUGGCCCCGAGCCACCCACACCCGGCCGUCGUGGGCAUCAACGCCUUCAGCAGCCCGCUGGCCAUCGCCGUCGGGGACGCCACGCCGGGCCCGGAGCCGGGCUACGCGCGCAGCUGCAGCAGCGCGUCCCCGCGCGGGUUCGCGCCCAGCCCCGGCUCGCAGCAGAGCAGCUACGGCAGCGGCCUCGGCUCGGGCCUCGGCAGCUACGGGGCGCCGGGCGUGGCCGGCCUCGGCGUGCCCGGGUCCCCUAGCUUCCUCAAUGGCUCAACGGCCACUUCACCCUUCGCCAUCAUGCCCUCUAGCCCCCCGCUGGCCGCUGCCUCCUCCAUGUCCCUCCCGGCCGCUGCCCCCACCACCAGCGUCUUCUCCUUCUCGCCUGUCAACAUGAUCUCCGCUGUCAAACAGAGGAGCGCCUUCGCCCCCGUGCUGCGCCCACCCAGCUCCCCACCCCAGGCCUGCCCCAGAGCCCAAGGAGAGGGGCUUCCAGACCAGCCUUUUGAAGAUUCCGACAAGUUCCACUCUUCAGCCCGGGGGCUCCAGGGCCUGGCCUACUCCUAAUCACGGUCUGCGGGUGUUGCCCCCACCGAGCCCGGACUGGAGGGCCCUCUGGGAUUCACACUCAUGUCCCGGAUGGCAGCACAGACAGAUGCAGAGCCAGGGCUUCGGGCAGACAUCAACCCAGGGGCCUGAACAGGCCUCCCUGUGCUUCAGGCCUCCAGCCCCACAGGCUUCUCUCACCUCCCCUUCUUGGGGCCGGUUGAAGGCCUAGCACUGUGCUGACGCUCUUGGCAGGAGAGCAUCCCGAGGUCCUGGGAUGCUGGGCCUUACUGGGUCGGUUCCUCUGGAAGAGAUGGGCCUUGUGCAGACCAGACCAUCAGGUGGCAGGAGCCGGGGAUGGGGACUGUGGGGAAGAGGACAGCUCAGGGAGAGGUCCUGUUGGUGUCUGACCCAUCACAACUGGCCCAGCAUCCCAACUUCUCUCCGGGGCAAAGGGUGGUGCCCAGUGGCCUCAGGAGGCCUGCCCAGGCUCCCAUGGAGCUUCCAGUGGCUUCUCAACCCCCGUGGCUGCUCCCUCUGAGGCCUGCACACUCAUGCUUGCCACAUUACCAAUCCCACUGGGGGCUUCUGGCGUGGAGGGUGCCGAAGAGGGAGUGCCAAGCCCCCCGAACUGUGGGUCUUCCUUCCAGUGGCUGUCUUGUGGACUCUGGCCCCACACGCACAUGACUCUGGCCGGCCUCAUAGCACCAUGGAAUGGGCCUUGCUGCCACCGGCCUCAUAUUCUGCUCUGCUGAGGUUGGAGAAAUCAGAACAAUAAACACAGAUGCAGGUGGCCGCCCGGCCUCUCUUGCCUGCUUCCUUGG